ACAAUGUUAUUAUAAUUUCAACUAAGCGGGUCCCUCUUCCCCUUUGCGUCGGCAAAAUAUUGCAGAAGAAGCUCAGUCCAUGGCGUUGGCCCCAUUCAUCACACACUCACCAUUCAUAAAUUCCCAUUAUAAACUUCAAACCCAUUGCCAUUUACCUAAAUCCCCCCCUCCCCCACCUACGACAAAAAUCCUCCAUUUAUUUCUCCCUCAGUUUCUCCCCCAAAUAUGAAAUCCGAGCUUUCACCCACUAUGGCCGCCCUCAAGAAGGACACCUCAUCAGAAUCUGCCUUCUCCUUCUUCUUCUUCCUCUCAAAAAAAGCUCGCUACAAGUUCUGGGCCUUAGCUGCCAUUCUCCUCCUCGCCUUCUGGUCCAUGUUCACCGGCUCUGUUUCGCUUAAAUGGUCCGCCGGAACCUUCGCCAGAUUCUAUGACGGUCCUCUCAAGCCGAUCUUCGACGAUCUCGACAUUCUGGAAGUUGAAGACCGGGAGAGGGAUGUUCGGCACAUGUGGAAUUUGUACACACACGGUGGCGGUGGGCGGUUGCCGCGAUUCUGGUCGGAGGCAUUUGAAGCGGCGUAUGAGGAUUUGAUCGGCGACGAUCCCGGCCUUCGAGAUGCUGCACUUUUGGAGAUCGCUAGAAUGUCUUUGCAAUCUGUUCAUGUUGAUGUUGACCCAAUUUCGAUGAAACCGAAGGGUGAGAGCAAAUUGAAGAGCGGCUCAAAGCAAAAGCAAAUUGGAUGAGGUGUAGCAGCCCAAGAAGGUUAAAGCAAAUGCACUGUUCUAAGCCCCAAGGGCUUGUGCUUUUUUGAGGGAAGCUUUCAACUCUGUUUAGUUAAAUUUCUAUACUACAUUGAGAACAACAAUGGAAUGUACAAAUUUCACCACCAAUCCAAUAUCAAGUGAAAAAGUUAUUUUGUA